GCCAGGCGAGACUUCGUCGUCCUGGAGGAUUUACCGAGGCUCCUGCCGGACAUGAAGUUUGACAAGGACGGCUUCGAGGUGAUGGUGGACUUUUUGGAGGAGGCGCACGGGCGCCUGGCCGCGAAGCGACAGCUUCAAACAGCAGAGGAGCUGGGACUGCGGAGCCGCACCCUCUUCCAAGAGUUUCGAAAGGAGUUGGAGGCGCAACAAGACUUGUUCCAUAGCUUCGACGACACGCACUCCGGCGUGCUGAAGAAGGUGGAGGUGUGGGUUGCCCUGAGCAACCUGGGCUUGCUCCCAUCCUUUGACCAGAACAAAGUGGGCAUGCUGGUGAUGAUUUCUCUGGCCUGCGAGGAAGCCACACGCGCGUCGGAUGUCUGCAGGCGCUUCACCUCGGGCAACGCGCCGAGGCUCAUCCAGCGCUUCGGCGGGACGAAGGCUGCUUUAAAG